AUUAAUAAAAAUAAUUUUUUAAAGAAGUAUCUAAAAGCCUAUACUAUAGUAUUUAAAAAAGCUAAUAUAUAUAGUACUGUUAAGGCUUUAGAUUUAGUUCCAUAUAAACCAAGUCAGAUACUUAAUAAGCUAUUUUAUAAAGAUUUUUUAAGCUGA